AUGGUGACCAAGGCCUCUUCCGUGACGGAGGAGGAUGCAACAACGAGAAUAGAGAUCUACCGAGAUGAGGUCCAGAAGAUUGGAAAGUCAACGAAAAUGCCCGCGCAGACACUGGCAGACGGAAGCGUCUACGAGGGAGAGUGGGUCGGUCCUGUCAGGCAUGGCAGGGCAGUAAUGACACUGCCGGAUGGUUCCACAUACUCGGGCCAGUUCGAGCACGGUGUGGUGCAUGGCUUCGCCACGUACACUUUACCCACAGGUGCCAAGUACGAGGGUGAGUGGCGCCUGGGCAAGCAGGACGGAGAAGGCCGUGAGAUCACGGCUGAGGGUGCGAUCUACCAAGGACAGUACAAGGAAGGAAAGAAGGAAGGGCAUGCUUCCAUUUCCUAUCCGGAUGGCUCCACGUACAACGGGCAGGUUGCUGAUGGCAAGUUGCAUGGCAGAGGCAAGUACGUUUGGAGCAACGGUCACUCGUACGAAGGUAAAUGGGUGGAUGAUCAGAUGCAUGGCGAAGGGGUCUACUCCUGGCCCACGGGCGUGAAAUUUAUCGGCCAGUAUCAGAACAACUUGAAACACG